GCGUGUCAACGCCCGCUUCCGAGAGUGCCCCCACGUGCCGAUGGGUUCGGGAUCGUCCUGGGCCGACGUCGUGAUGGACACGGACACCGACAUGUAUCUCUCGCUUAGUGACGUGAAGGACUACUUUUACGCCUGCGGGCUGCCGCCGGGCCUCGAGAGCUUCUUUUGCCUCCCCGACAUCACUGGGGAGGAGCUGAGGGUGGUCGCCCAGGGCGACCCCGCCUUUGGAUCCUUGUGGGGCUCCACGGCGGUCGCCCCCGCUAUGAAGGUAAUGCCGAUGGGGUGGGCUUGGAGUUUCUUCCUCGCGCAGGACGGGGACCGAGUUGGCCCUGCCCUGCCCUACUGCGACAACUUCGUUGCGGCUGCCUCGUCUCUCGCUCAGGCCGACGCUCUCCGAGAAGAUUGCAAGCGCCGGAUGACCUCGCUCGGUUUCGAGGUCCACGAGGAGGAGGCUGCCCGCCACUGGGCCGAGUCUUUGGGGUUCGCCAUCGACGGACUCACUGGGGAGCAUCGCCCUAGCCCUGUCAAGGAGCUCCGUGCUGCCGCUGCUCUGUCGCCCAUCGCACGGGCCAACAUGCGGCGGCCCUGGGCUUCUGAGGUGGAGGUGUUCGACGCCAGUCCUGCCGGCUGCGGGAUCAUGACGGCGGCCCUGCCCGAGGAGGUGGUCUCUGAGAUCGGGGAGGAGUCUUUCAGCAACGUUGAGUCCGUCCUCCCUCGCGACUGGUCUCGGCGACGCUGGCAGCCCGCGCAGGACUUCCCUGAGGUCCCGGCGUCCAUCUUCCAGGAUUUUGAUUGGCGCGGGUGCGUGGCCGGCCUCUGGAGAGACGAGGAGCAUAUCACUAUGCUUGAGGGGCGCACGGGGUUGAUAUCUGUGCGGCGUACCUGCCGGUCGCUGUCCAAUCGAGGCAAGCGGCAUCUCAAGAUAGGUGACAAUCUGGGUCUGAUCCUUGCCUUUGCCAAGGGACGUGCGGACAACUUCGGCUUGCUGAUGCCUUGCAGGAUCGCCGCAGCCGCGAGCGAGGCCUGGCCCGCCUCAAGCUUCUUCGAGGCUCGGGCUUGGGGCCACCCGCGGCAGCUCGCGUGGGUGAUGAGCCGGCUGCUGCCGCCUACAAAGGCCAAGCGGUCCCGUGGCGAGGCAUCUGCUGGUCUCCCACAGGGGCCCGCCGGCAGCCGCCCAGUCAAGGGGCCGCGGGUCUCACGGGUGCUGCAGGCGGGGGGCCGCGAGAUGCAGGAGGAGCUCGAGCUGAAGGGGAUCAUGGUGAGCCUCCUCGAGAUGAAGUCCGUCGGCAAGCAGUCGAUCCCCUACUAUCUCCAGAAGUUCAGGGAGUUCUUGGACUUCGUGGUCGACCACGGGUUCGACCUCCACAAGGGCGAGGACGUGGGCGAGGCGCUGGUGCAGCUGAUGGACUUGUUGUACUUGGAUGGGUGGCAGGUCGACCAGGGCGAGAAGCUGCUCGCGGCGGUGAAGCUCGGCAUCCCGCGCUUCUCCAGAGCAGGGCUGGGCGGCCUGCCGCGCGCGGCCCGCGCCCUCCGCGCGUUUCGGAAGGCCGCUCCCGUGGCCUGCCGCUUCGGGCUGCCGCACGCGUGGGUCGUCGCGAUCAUCGCGGCAAUGCUCUGGCGCGGGAGGCUGGAGAGCGCCCGCCGGGUGGUGGUGAUGCACGAUGCGUACCUGCGCACUGGCGAGGCGACGCGGCUCCGGGCCGAGGACUUCGCCCCACCGGUCGGAGACCAUCGCGGCCGCGAGCGCGGCGUGCUCAUCCUCGGCUCCUCGAGCGCCGGGGCCCCCGCCAAGACGGGCGUGCUGGACGACGCGGUCACCCUGUCGGACUGGGACUUUCCCACCAGCAAGGUACUGGAGCUUUUGAAGGCCCAGCGGGCCCCGCACGAGCCCCUGUUCGUCACGAAGCCCGCUGCCUUCAGGACGGACUUCGAUCAGGCGUGCCUCGACCUCGGGCUCGACAAGCGGAACCUCGCGAGCUACCAGCUCCGCCACAGCGGCCCGAGCCGAGACGCCCUCCUCGGGCGACGCACGCUUCCCGACAUCAUGAAGCGCGGCAGGUGGGCCACCCUCUCUUCAGUGAAAAGGCACGAGAGGCACGGAGUGAUGCAGAAGGCGCUGGCCAGCAGCUCGAAGGAGCUGCUCGACUUCGCCGCGGCUGUCGAGUCCUCCAUCGUGGGAGCGCUCCUUGGACGGCCGUCCCAGGUGGCCAAGCCGCCCCGUGCCUGA